AUGUACAUGAACCCCUCAAAAUUCCACGACGUCCCCAACCUCUCCAUCCCAGCCUCUCAAAAGAUCGCCGCAAGACUAUCCGCCCAAACUCCCACUCGCUACAAGUCGUCCCCAAAACCAGAGUCAAAAUCCAAAUACACCACCCUCGCAAAUUCUUCCAUCAAAACCAGCGACGAGGAUGCUCCAGAAGACAACACUCGAUGCCGACCUCGCAGACCAAGUAAUGCAGUGAUUACAGGUUGUGUGUGCUUGUCUUCAGCACUGUUGUUUGCACUUUGCAUACUCGCGGGAUUUCAAGCGUAUUUCUUGUCAAAGGUUGCGGGGAUUGAUGGGGAGGGUUUGAGGGUCACGAAGACGCAGAUGCAGAUGGUGACGAAGACCAAAUGGGCGGCUGAGCAGACGGAGACGACUACGAAGGUUGUUUCUGUGAUUGCGUCGAAGACUGAAGGUGCUGGGUUGGACGAGUCGAGUGUGAAGCUUGAGCCUCGUCAGACAGAGGGUCUGGAGAGGAGAGGUGGAAGGAAGUGUAAGACAGUGACUGUGUACAUACCUCGAGCAUCACUGAGCAGGCCCUUCGAGAAUUGA